GGAAUGCAGUGUGUUAAUUAGUCUGUAGGGUGGAAACUGUAGAUCUGGGAACUCCAAGAGGCACCGAACGUUUUGGUGUUCAGAGCACCUCUUUGAUAUAUUCCACGUAGAACAUUUGUUUUAGGCUGGCUUUGCGAAGAGCCUGCUACAUGUUAUUCGGAGCAUCGAAGUGCAUGGUGCAGCUGAGGAAAAUGUACAUCAUUAUGAACUUAUGGCCUAAACAGUAAAGGAGUUUUGGCAUUUUUGAACAUCAGAGGACAUGAAGUUGAGCUUAACUCAAAAGACUAGCAUAACUUGGCUGAUGUUUUGGAAGCUUCUGGUCACUUGAGUGUUAUUCAUAAUAUUUAGUAAAACUGAAAAUGAGUCACAAAGAAACGUAAAAUCUAGAUUUUUGUUUUCAAAGAGAUAGUAACUAAAAGAAUUUUGGAAAUUAGGUUUACUAAGUCUCAUUUUAGUUGUCAAGAUGAUUGACUUAAGUCACCUAACAGAGGAAGAACAAGCCGCUAUCAUGAGGGUGUUACAGAGGGAUGCAGAAUUGCGAAAAGUUGAAGAAAAGAGAGUCAGACUUUUGCAAGAAUCAGUUGAAAAUGAAGUUCAGCGCAGGAAUAUGACUGGCGAGUGGUUUUACAGAGCCAAGGCAAAAAGACACACAGACACAUUACAUGGAGCUGAGUUAAUCAAAGCAUCAAUGCGAAAGAAGAAACCCAUGACUAUCUAUGAGCGUCUCCAGUCUAAGGAAUUAAAGGAGAAUUCCAAAAGCUUCAUGAAUAACAUUGAAAAAAGUGUCUUCGUAUCCCCUGAGCUUUCUGUUUUUCUAGAAGAACCAAAGUUGGAAGAUCCUCACACAAGUCCAUCAUUACAUAAAAAUAACAGAGCUCCUAAACAGCAACCGACACCAAAGCAAAGCACUCUAUCAGGAAAGCAAAGAGAAAACCCUUUCAACAGAUCAGUUUUGGCAGAUGACAUUACAAAUGGAGAGGAGAAAUCACUGCGAUUGGCUGGUACAGAGUCAGUGUCCGUGACUCCUGUAACAGAGAAUUUAUCUCAGCCAAAGGAUAAUAUUUCCAGAUUACAUACUUCCUCAAAGGAAUUUCUUGAAACUAAGAAACCAUCUUUUACAGAGGAUGGUACUUAUUCAGAAAGGCACCCAGUGCCAAAACCAAGGACUAUUUCUUAUAAAGUGCAAGACUCUACAGCCUACAGUGGUCAACAUCAUGCUGCACCAGGACUCCUGAAUCGCAAUGGUUUUAAUGGCAACUCUACCACUCCUAAGAAAAGUAUUUUGAAACAUAGCCCAAGUUCAAGUUCCAAUGAUUCUGAAAUUUUACUCAUCAGCGUUCAGGACUCGAAAAGCAAGAUCGCUGCCUGUUCUCAAACCAUUCCAGAACAACCAGCAGAGAUUAAUGCAGUCGUGGACAGUGAAGAAUUGCUUGAACCCAGUAAUCUUGAAAGGUUGAAGCAAGUGAGAUUCUCGACAAAUGCGGAUGAAAAGAAAAUAUUGCCAACACCAAAGUCUUAUGAAAACAGAAGUUCCAAAAUUGGUGAAGGGUGUCUUCUAGACGCUGAUUAUUUUGAGGAAACAGUUGAAGGAAAUGCAAAUGGCAUGGACAGUGCAAGUGAAGAAGAAAGUCCACAUGACGUCAGUGGAUUUUCUGAUUGGAAUCAUUUAUCUUCUCCUUUAUCGAAAGACCCAUUGAACGUGGAUCAAGAUGAUAAUGUUAUGUCCAACUCUUCAGACUUUCAGCCUAUCCCGGCAACAAGUUCACAUAUAACAAACUAUACAAAUAAUCACUUAGCAAGUUCUGGUUCUAGUAAGCUAAAUAAUCAAGUCCGUGAAAUGGACACAGGUGGGGUACUAACGGAAAAUGAAGUCGGCAGGAGAUUGAAUUCAGCAUCAAAUCUGGCGUAUCAUAGUGUUGAUAAGCGGAUACCUCACACUGACUUUGAAUCUCCUCAGGUCUCUAAUCAGCAGCGUCCAAAAAUAUUCCAAGGAUGUUCCCCUGUUGUAGAGGAAAAUGACAUUCCACAAAAGAAAAUGUACACAUCUGAGUCUUUGGACAGCAUGAUCCAUAGUAGUCCGAAGACAGUUGAUGUGUCUUUUCAAGAAGAUAAUUUAUCAUCUAUUACAACUUACAAAGGUUCUAAAUAUAAUGAAGACCUAGGAUUAGAUUUAAAUAAGGAUGAGAGAGGUUUUGACUUGCAAGACCAAUUUCAAACUGACUUAAAUCUUCUAUCUGGAAUUACAAAGACAAACACCUUCAAGGAAAAUGGUGAUAGUCCUACCAAAAAAUCCAUGGAAGGUUUCAAGGCAGGUGCACUAGACAACUCUGAUCAAGACGAUUCACCGAAAAACUAUUCAAGAGGAAAUAACCACUUGCAUGCUGAAACCUGGAGAAGUUCACUCAGUGAGGAAGAAGAAGGGUCAACUUUAGCUUUGAAAAGAAACUCGCACACAAAUGAAACUUACAAGAGUCUGCAAGAUAUUAACGUCAUCUCCUCAAGCAUGCCAAAUACCUUAGAUACUACAAGCAAAGAAAUGGUCCUCAGUGCUGAUAAUGUUUCCAAUAUUCCAACAACCCCAGAAAACACGUCCUUACAGUCAAAAAGAAUGAAACGGUUGAGUAAGUCAGUACCUGCAUUUCCAGAGAAUGAUGAUGCAGACUCCAUGUUGGAGAACAGCUUCCAGAUGGACAAACAUGGGACAAUCGCAAGCUCUCUAACAAACAUUAGUGGCUCUUCUGGCAUGGCAUCAAGAUCCUCUGUUAGUGGAAGUACAAUGAGCAUCUACAGCAGUGAUUUUGGAAAUGUUGACGUCCAAGGGAAGAUGCAGUUUUCAUUGGAUUACGUAGACAAGUUGAAAGAAUUCCAUAUUUUUGUGGUACGCUGCUCAGGUUUAGCUGCUGCUGAAAAGAAGAAAAAUCGAUCAGAUCCAUAUGUGAAAAGUUACCUACUUCCAGAUAAAAUUAAAACUGGUAAAAGGAAAACAUCAGUGAAAAAGAAAAAUUUGAAUCCAGUCUACAAUGAAAUACUAAGGUAUAAAAUUGAAAAACCCUCCCUGAUGGCUCAAACAUUGAACCUGUCCGUCUGGCACAAUGAUACAUUUGGCCGCAACAGUUUUCUAGGUGAAGUGGAAAUAGAGUUAAAGAAUUGGGAUUGGAGCAACAAGAAGAUGGAUUGGCAUGACCUGAAACCAAGGACAAUUUCAGUUGACAGAACGGGUGAUAGAGGCAGCUUAAAAGUGGCUUUCCGAUACAUUCCUCAUGGAUACAAAGGAAGAAAAACAGGAGAAGUUCAAAUUUGGGUGAAAGAAGCCACUAAUUUACCCCAGAUUAGGCCAAGUCGUUUGGAUCCAUUUGUUAAAUGCUUUAUUCUUCCAGACACGAGCAGAAAAAGUCGUCAGAAGACUCGGGUUGUGAAGAACAGUAGAAAUCCUGUAUUCAAUCACACCAUGGUUUAUGAUGGUUUCAACACUGAAGAUCUUAAGGAUGCAUGUGUUGAGCUUUCCGUCUGGGACCGUGACAAACUGAUUAAUCAUUUUCUUGGAGGACUGAGAAUUGGUCUUGGCACAGGUAAAAGUUAUGGAUUGACAGUAGACUGGAUGGAUUCUACAGAAGACGAAGUAUCUGUAUGGGAUAGAAUGAUGACCCAUCCAAAUACUUGGGUUGAGGACUUGCUCCCUUUGAGAAUGUUGAUGCUCAGCAAAAUGUCAGGAACCUAAACUGAACAUUUAACAAAACCGGAAAAAGUUGUUUUAUAAAUUGGUAUGCCAAAAAAAAUGCCUGCACACUAGUUCUGAUUGUCUGGAACAAAAGUUUUUUUUAAAAGUUUUGCUGUUGUGACCAAUUCUUUGUUCUAGGCUGAGAAGCAAAUAACAUGGAUUUACCUGAACAAAAAUAAGUUUAUUUAAAGUUUAUUAAAGGACAAGCCAAAGCUAUAUGCUGCAAUGUUUAAAAAGUAUAUAUAAUGUUAGAA